AUGCCGGCGAAUGGGAGUCACCGACGGUUCGACAGAUCAAGAAUUGCUCCAGUGAAAGGAGAGCAUAAUGAGAGGUCUGAAUGGUUCCACAGACCACAACAUGUGAAGCGGCAAGGUGAGGCGCCACCGCUCUCAGCGCCAGUCCCGACACCACCAGCACCAGUACCCCAAUCAGGACCACCUCCAUAUCUCCCACCUGGUCCUCCUUCAACGCUAAGACUUCCCCCAGGAACACCAGAGAAUAACUUUACUCCUGAAGAUGACUCGAGUGACGACGAUGAGUUGGAUUCAGAGAGCGAAGAUGAAGGAGGAAUUGAUUCCGACGAUGAAGACGACGGCGUCGGCGAAAAUCCUUUUGUCCCAGCUACAGAAACUGCAACUCAAUCUCAACCUUCAAUAGCAGCUGCAACUACAACGUCCACCAUUCCAUCGGAACCAACCUCGGCCACGGACAGUGUUGCAACUUCUACUCCAGGAGCAUUCUUCACACCGAGCUCAGGGCCAACGACCACAGGACUGGCCUCGGUGACGGCAUCUACGUCGUCAAUCGGAUCCACGACCACGUCUGACAUCCCUGCCGCACCAGUGUCCACCAGUAAUGUUGCAACCAUUGACCUGCCUCAAGCCUCAAACCACCCCAUCGCCAAGACGGCCAUAAUUGUCCCUUCGGUGAUUGGGUCGGUAGCGGCCAUUGCCGCGGUCUACCUGCUGUUCCGAUAUUGCGUACCCCUGCGGGCGAGGUGGACAAUCUACCGUGCACGACGAGGACAAAGACUCCCCGAAGAAGAAGACGGAAUGUCGCCGACGACCGCUCCAGAGAUGACCGAAGCAUAUGCCACCAAGACGGCUGCCGAAGCGUCCCACGAAUCACUAGGUCACGAGCGAUCCAACCCUUCCACACCAAUCACUCAAAUUCCAUCAUUCACCAAUGGCACGGCCGUGGCUCUGCCCAUCACCAACGCGCGUGCUCCUCCACCGGUCCUCGUGCGCAACCUUUCGAAGUCCAACGCUCAAAAUCCCCUCCUCCUCAGCCAACCCGCCCUUUCUCGAAGCAACAGCGGUACCAGAGCUGGAGCACCCCCUGAAGAUUACGGAACCUACGCCUCCAACUUCAAUCUCUCCGACUAUGCCGCAUCCCACACUCCAGAGCCAGGCCACCAGAGACAUCCCAGCGGGCUAGAAAACAAUCCCCCCACGCCCGUAGCUGCCAAGGGGCCUGGGUUGAGCAACCAGAACAAAGGAGCCGCCAUGCCAGUCAUCCCUUCUGUCGUCGGCAGCGCCGAGUCAGAAGUCGGCACGACGUUCCCGCGCCCGCCCAGCACGCCUUCGGCCGCACAUUUCGGGCCCAAGACCCCGCCCGAGUCCGAGGUCAAUUACUCGCCUCGUCGCCUUCGCAAAUCAAUCACCCCGUCUGAGAGCGUGUCGAACAUUCCGGACUCGCCGUUCCCGCCGAGUCCCGGCCUGAUGCCGCCCAUGCCGGUACUGAACUCGCGGUGGAGCGCCGAUUCGUCGAGCGUCAAUGGCCAUGGCCAUGGCCGUGCAUUGGCCGAGGCGAUGAACAUGGGGCCCGUCCAAGAUGGAGAUCUGGGCACCGCUCCGAACGGUCGCCCGCUGUUCCGAUACCUGUCAUUGCCAUCGGGUUCGUCGGCUGUCCACCACGGUGCUUCGCGCAGGCCUACCUCCUAG